AGGCAACAAAGAAAAAACUAGAAGCAAAAACUAAUAUUUGAGCUGGCUGUCUUUUAUUGAAAUGUUACUCGAGCUUCGUUUUUCUAGGUGGGAAUCAACAGUCAUCAUAGAUUAGACCGGCCUUUCUUGACCUUUGUUUUCAUUUUUCCUCUUUUUUCUUUUCUCUCUCUACAAUAAAAACUGACUUGCUUCAACUAGUGCAAAUUUUAACUGGGAAAAAUCUACAAGCCUCAUUAAAUCCCAACUCUUGAAGCUUCGGUUUUUGCAUUUCUUUUGAGAUUACAAGUCACAAGAAAUGAGUAUGGCUUCACAUGAAGCUGUCAUUCGGUUACAAGCUUUGAUGGAUCAAGUUGAUGAGCCUUUGAAGAAUACAUUUAAGAAUGUUCAUCAAGGAUAUCUAGCUGAAACUUUGGAGCGUUUCCUUAAAGCAAGAGAGUGGAAUGUUUCCAAAGCUCAUAAAAUGUUGGUGGAUUGUCUGAACUGGAGAGUAACAAAUGAGAUUGACAAAAUAUUAUCGAAACCCAUAAUUCCUACCGAAUUGUACAGGCAAGUGCGUGAUUCACAGCUCAUUGGAAUGUCAGGUUACUCAAGAGAGGGGCUGCCUGUCUUUGCUAUUGGUGUAGGGCUUAGCACGUUUGACAAAGCUUCUGUCCACUACUAUAUGCAGUCACACAUUCAAAUAAAUGAAUAUAGAGACCGUGUAAUAUUGCCUGCUGCAUCACAGAAGUAUAAUCAACCAAUAACCACAUGUGUGAAGGUUUUGGAUAUGACAGGCCUGAAGCUUUCUGCAUUGAGCCAUAUAAAGUUAUUGACAAUCAUUUCUACAAUUGACGACUUGAACUACCCAGAGAAGACGAAUACGUAUUACAUUGUGAAUGCCCCAUACAUAUUUUCUGCAUGUUGGAAGGUUGUUAAGCCUCUUUUGCAGGAGAGGACCAGGAGAAAGGUUCAGGUGUUGUCAGGAUCUGGCCGAGAUGAGUUAUUGAAGAUAAUGGAUUUUGAAUCACUCCCACAUUUCUGUAAAAGAGAAGGAUCUGGAUCAUCUCGCCAUUCGCAGAAUAUCAGUUGUUUUUCCUUGGACCAUCCUUUUCAUCAACAGCUCUACAACUACAUCAAGCAGCAAUCCUUGAUUGGUAAAGCUGUUGAACCAGUCAAGCAGGGGUCUUUCCAUGUGAAGCUGCCUGAGCUAGCAGACGCUGAAGGAGCUGAGAUUGCCAAAACCAUAGAAUCUGAGUUCCACAAGAUAGAGAACGGGAAUGGGCUAUCUGAGUCUGUCAACACCCUUAGAAUCAAGGACAGCUGAAACUGCAAAGCUUCAUGCAUAAAAUAUUAUGUACGUGAUAGUAGGCAGUCAUAUUAUUUUUCUACUUGAGUUGCAAAUACGGUGUAUCUAAUACUGACAUUGACAUUGGCUGUGUUAUCAGCUUGAAGCUCUCCCUCGAAGCAUAAAUUGUAAUAUCUAGUUUCACAAUUUUUAGUUAAUACUAAUGGCAUACAUAAAUCUUUCUGCGCC